GAUAUUUACGUCAAACCUCAUUAAUUGAACCGAAGCUUGCUUUACAAAAGGUUGUUGCUUUCAGUAUCAAAGUGAAUGGACUGUUAGCCACAGUGGAGCUAAAGCAGCUAACGUCAGACACUAAUCAAUGUUUCAGACGUUGAAGCUUUCAGAAGUGUGUUUUAGUGUUACGAGAUCACACUUGGAGUCUGUGAGACUGCGGGGAAGAUGACGGCGACUGUGGACAUGUCUUGUUUAGCCGUGGAAUCAAAGAUUGAGAUCAUUAAUGGACAGAAGUUCUGACCCAGUAUCACACUUUACAUGUUCUCUUAAGAUUUAUUAUUAUUUUUUUGUAGGGAAAGAUGUUACUUAAGCAUGUGAAGGUUAUGAACCAGGAGAAGCUCAAGUGGAGCCAGAAUCUCUGAAAUCAUGGAGGCUGACAACCCUGGAGGGCUCAGUUUGGUGUCCCCCUUACUUGCAACAUCCUCAUCAGAACUGGAGGAUAAACAAGACAAUCAAGAUCUCAUGUUCCCUGACCUUCACAUUGUGGUUGUUAAAGAAGAACGUCAUGAUCUAUGGAGCUCCAACUCAGACCAGCAGGACCCAGAGCCCCUUGAUGUAAAGGAGGAGGAGGAGGAACACUGUAUCAGCCUGAAGGAAGAUCGGCCUGUUGUGAAGAUUGAAGAAGAAGAGAAACCUCAGUUAUCAAAACUUUGUGACAUCAAAACAGAAUAUGAGAGAGAGACAGAAGCUCCAACAAGCAGCUCAGCAGUGGAGAAAGAAAUAGAAACUAACAGAGAUGACUGUGGGGGGGCAGAACCAGGGAGCAACCCUGAUCCAGAGUUUUCUUCCCAACAAAGUAAGAUUACUACUUUCAAGAGAGGUAAAGGAUCUAAAAUGAGUUUUAAGCGAAAUACUCAGAUUGGAGAAAGGCCAUUUGGUUGCAGUGUCUGUGGCAAAAGAUUCAAAUGUAAGAUUCAUGUCGAGUUUCACAUGAAGACUCACACUGCAAAGAGAGAUCAUAACUGUGACUUUUGUGGAAAAGGAUUUCAAGACGACCAUUCUCUGCAGACUCAUGUGAGAGUCCACACUGGAGAGAAACCUUUUGCCUGUAAUGAUUGUGGCAAAAGGUUUCAUGCAAAGAAUAUUCUUAACAGUCACAUGAAAGUCCAUUUGGACGAAACUUUUCCUUGUGAUGUUUGUUGCACAGUAUUUAAAAGAAAGGAAAGUCUGAAAAAGCACAUGUGGACCCACACUUCACAGAGACCGUUUGUUUGUAGUGUUUGUAGUAAAGGGUUUUUGAAACAAGAUCAUCUAAAGGGUCAUAUGCGUAUUCACACAGGGGAGAAAUCAUUCAUCUGUAGUUUCUGCAGUAAAGGAUUUUCACUGCAACACAAUCUAAAAAGACACAUGCUUGUUCACACAGGAGAGAAACCUUUGGUUUGUAGCGUUUGCAGUAAAGGAUUUUCGCAACAUUUAGAUCUGAAGAGACACAUGCGUGUUCACACAGGAGAGAAACCCUUUAGCUGUUCUGUCUGUGGUAAAGAAUUUUCAAAUCCUGGAGGUCUGAAGAAACAUAUGAAUUUUCACACUGCGCCGUUUAGUUGUAGCGACUGUAGUAAACAUUUUGUUGACAAACUGCAGUUGGAGCGACACGCGAGAGUUCACAUAGAGGAGAGACCAUUUGCUUGUAAUGUGUGUAAAAGUCGAUUUAAUCAUAAAUGUCACCUUAAAAAGCAUAUGAGAGUCCAUUCAGGAGAGAAACCGUUUAUUUGUGAUGUUUGUAGCAAAGGGUUUACAUUACAAGAGAAUCUAAAGAGGCAUAUGCGUAUUCACACAAGGGAAAAACCGUUUGUGUGCAAUGUCUGCAAUAAAGCUUUUUCACAGCACGGAAAUCUAAAGAGACACAUGGGUGUUCAUGAGGCCUGCAACUCAUGAUCAUUUUUGAUUGUUUUCUUUUCUAUCAUUACUUUUCCAGCAGUCUUCUUGGAAGCUACUGUCCUACAUUUGUUUAGAUGCUCACCUGCCCAAACUCACCUGAAUCUGAAUGAUGUGCUGAUUUUUCUGUUUUGGGUAUUGAGGAGAAUGGAUAUAACAAAAGGUUGUAGGACUGCAGCUCUUUGGGACUGGAAUAGUUGACCUCCAGUCUACAGAUUGGUAUAAAAUGUUUUCCCUAAAAAUAAUAUUUAAAAUAAUUUUCAAAAAAUUGUAUGGUAUCUAAAAUGAAUGAUGAGUUACACAAAAUCAAAUCUUAAUACCAUUACUUGAUCAUUAAAAAGUACUAGUGUAUAUCAAGGUACAAUGGGUUGUUUACCUUUCUUUUAUUUUACUGUUAGCCUCGACAUGUUAUGCUGUGUUCAAACAGGGUUUUAAUUAUGUCCAACAAACACUUACAAGGUUGGAGUUCUGAUGAUUUAAACAGUCUGUUCGAGAGGUCAUGGUUUCAAAUCCCGGACGACACCCCAUCUAAUGUUGCAAAAAUAAAGGGAAGUAACAUCACACCCAAUGUUGUAGGUGUAAUGUCCUUUCUUAAAAAAAAAUAAAUCAUUCCUUGCUUGAAAGCAUGACUGAUUCAAAAAAACAGCUGCAACACAAAGAUUUGAAAUUAUAUUUAAUAAAAGUUUAUUUAGCCAAACACGAAAAUCUUGUUACUUGGAAACAAAACUGUUUCAACCUCCAUAGUAACUAAACAAGUGUUGACAAGGUCAAAAUGUUUUAGAAAUGUAGUCUGGUGCAAACUAUACCCCAUCAUUUUCCGGCAAAAUAGGUAGAUCUGUUCAUUCAACAGCAAGAUAUACUGCUCUGAAAAAUAUGUGCAUUUAAUGUGGGACUCACUCACAUAUCAACUAUUCUUACAGACGGUUUGUUCUGUAAAUACUGGGUUGGGGAAUUU